AGCUUGAGGGGGAGCUCUGAGCUGGUGGUCCCUGAGCAGCCUCCCAGCAGGGAGAAGCCCUUCAGAUGCUUGGAAUGUGGGACGAGCUUCAAGAAGAGUGCCCACCUGAUCCGGCACCAGCACAUUCACACCGGGGAACGGCCCUACAGGUGUGGGGAAUGUGGAAAGAGCUUCAGGGACAGAUCCAGCCUCCUCAGCCACCAGCGCAUCCACACUGGAGAACAGCCCUACAGGUGUGGGGAAUGUGGGAAGAGCUUCAGGCAGAGCUUCCACCUGAUCCGGCACAAGCACAUCCACACUGGGGAACGGCCCUACACGUGUGGGGAAUGUGGGAAGAGCUUCAGUGACAGGUCCAACCUCCUCACCCACCAGCGCAUCCACACUGGGGAACAGCCCUACAAGUGUUCAGAAUGUGGGAAGAGCUUCAGUGACAACUCCAGCCUCCGCAAACACCAGCACAUCCACACUGGGGAACGGCCCUACAUGUGUGGGGAAUGUGGGAAGAGCUUCAGCCAGAACUCCCACCUCCACACCCACCAGCGCGUCCACACUGGAGAACAGCCCUACAAGUGCUUGGAAUGUGGGAAGAGGUUUCACACCAGCUCACAUCUCCUCCUGCAUGAGCGGACGCACACGGAUGAGAGGCCCUUCCGCUGCACCGACUGCGGGAAGGGCUUCAACCGCAACUCCACCCUCAUCACCCACCAGCGCAUCCACUCUGGGGAGAGACCCUACAAGUGUGGGGAGUGUGGGAAGAGCUUUGCCCACAGCUCUGCCCUAAUCAGUCACCAGCGCCUCCACACUGGGGAACGGCCUUACAAAUGCUUGGAAUGUGGGAAGAGCUUCACUCAGAGCUCUAAGUUGACCAAACACCAACGGACCCACCAGUAAGGGAAGCCCUGUGAGUGCCCCGACUGCGGGAAGAGCUUCGGCCGUAGGACUGACACACAGAAAAGGUUUCAAAAGGUCUUCAGGAUUUUGAGUAUCUGCACUCCAACAUCAGUUUAUUCUUUUGAAUAUGUGUAAGUUUAACCUCAUUUUAGUCUGAAAGCCAAAUUCACCACUACCCCAUUCCCUGAUAACCGUGGGCUGAUUCUGACAAGUGAGGCACAAAUUACCCACUGCCCAGCAAAAACCAGUGGGGCCAGCCAGUGGUCUCUGCCCUGGCAGCCCAGUUUCCCCAGUCUCAUCUCAAAAUGACCAGUUACACUGAAGCAAAGAGCACUGGAACCAGUGCAACAAGCCCCAGUCUGACUUUCACACCUGCCCACGUGUCCUGUUUUCUGCUGCUCUACAGACUUCCUUGUUUAAAAUACAAUGGAAAAAUAAACAGUUUUUGGGGUUGUUUUGGUUUUGGGCUUGUUUUUGUUUUCCCCCCACUGUUCUCAUUGACCUCAUUUCAAAUCUAUUUUGGUGUUUGAAGAUGAAUUAAAAUUUUGAAUGAUUUUUAAUGUUAAUGUCUUGA